AUGGCUAAACUUUUAUUUAAAUAUUCCCAUAUCAGUCGACAUUUUGUUCAAUGUCUCAAACUUGAAUAUGGAAAGCACGGCGGGUGGGGUAAUAAUAUUUCCAACAAGGUAUACGAAAGUAUUCUUAAUUUCAAGAAGGAAUAUAGAAGCGACAACCGUAAUGAUAUACAGUCAAUUCGUCAAGUAUUGGAAGGAACAGGAAACGAAGACGAUAUCAUAACAAUAAUUGAAAACUACGGUUUUACACCGUUUCCGCCGAGUUUCAUUUUCAGAACGUAUAUCUUCGAACAUCUUGCCGAAUAUGAAGAUGAGCUUUCACAAAAUGGUUAUGCAACAGCUUCUGAAUUGAGGAUCGUGGCAAAGGCGAUAAUCACUUAUCCAAAUUUGCUGAAAGUCUGGAGGAAGAUAGGCUAUCACGAAAUAACCGAGGAUUUGGAAAACCCUGUUGUGCAACUCACCUUACUAAAUCUUUAUUCAACUGGUGUUCCUUCAGUCCAAACAGUUGUUGAAAAAUUACGCAAUUUACAAUCAAUUGGAUUUUCACUGACUGACACUCUGGUUGGAAAUGCUAUCCUUCUAUUCAAAGGGAGGUUAGUCGACGUCGGAGAGAGUCUCAUUGAAAGCUUUUCUAUUGCUCGAGAAUUAUCUAAGGGAGACAUACUUGAUAUAUGCUUGAUAGAAUUGCUUAAUCCGAUAAGAAAUUUUGAACAAUACGAUGCACUAGAUUAUAUCAUCAACUCGAUUAACAAUCCCGAAAAGCAAAUACUCUCUGCAUUUGAAAAGUACAGUAUUGUCGAAAAUGGAAACAACCCAUUGCAUUCCCACUCUCACAGAUUCCUUAAAUAUUCACUUGUAGUGUAUCGAUACAUGUUAAAGUUCGGCGCACAGUCUCCAGUCGUUAGAUACUUGAUGAAAGAAAUUGUAAUUGUCCAUACACAGCUUACCAAUAUGGAAAAUGUAGACAAAUUGAGAGAUGCAGAUUCUAUCCUCGACGAAUACUAUACUGCAAAUGUACCUUUCGAACAAUCACUUUUUUCGCUCUUCAAAGAAUGCUUGCGCACAAAACCAAUCAGCUAUUUAUUUGAAGGAUAUCUGCCAACGUUGUUCGGAUUUGAAGUCCAACAUCAAUCAUUUUUGAUAACCAAAAUCCCAGAAGUAGAUGCACUUAUGUCACCCACGCAGACGGAAGAAUUGAAGCAACUUUGGUUAGAUGACAUUCAAAAAUGUAUUAAAUCAGAAGAAUUAGUAAACGGCGAAUUUAGUAAACAGGUUACUGAGUUUUUUACUCUUUACGAUCUGUCACAUAGCAGUUUCGAUCAUUAUGAGCAGCUUUAUUAA